UGGAGCUGGUGAUCUCUGCCAGACUGGUCUCGGUCUCCACCCGGAUCCGCGCGUCUCGUUGAUAAAGUAGAAGAAGCAGUACGUCACACAAACGACUGCGUGUUUGUGGACGGAGGCUCGAGUUGAUGUCAAGUUGAGGAGUUCAAACCUUUGCUCGCGUUCCUGCUGCGGAAAGUUCUAGAGAGCGGAGAAGCUUUUACAGAGUUGUCGCAGAUAAAUCGGCUCGUUGACACAGACAGCACCAUGGACCUGGCAAAAGGCUUAUUCAAAGGCAUCAUGAACGCUGUGAGCACCAUCGACCCGGCUCAGUUCGUUCCUUCAGCUCCUCCUCCUCCUCGCAGACCUCUGCACGCGGCCCAGACUCAGGAGAGCAGCGAGGAGAAGCAGUUUCGCCAGGUCUUCGAGAGGCUGGCGGGAGACGACAUGGAGGUGAGCCCAAAGGAGCUGAUGGACAUCCUCAACAAAGUCCUCACCAAGCAUGGAAACUUGAAAACCGACGGCUUCAGCAUUGAGUCGUGCAGGAGCAUGGUGGCCGUCAUGGACAGUGACAGCACAGGAAAACUGGGCUUCCAUGAGUUUAAGUACCUGUGGAACAACAUCAAGAAGUGGCAGGGCGUUUACUUAUCCCACGACACCGACCGCUCUGGUCUGAUCGACACUAACGAGGUGCCCAAGGCCUUUAAAGCUGCAGGCUUCCCCCUCAACGAUCAGCUGCUGCAGCUGAUUAGUCGCCGCUACAGCGACGAGAAGGGCAACAUGGACUUUGACAAUUUCAUUGGCUGCCUGGUGCGACUGGACUCCAUGUGCAGAGCCUUUCAAACCUUGGACAAGGACAACAAGGGCACCAUCGACCUGGACAUCAAGGAGUGGCUCCAGCUGACGAUGUAUUCAUGAAGCGCCACACGCACUAACCAAGCCAUCUCCAUGAAACGGGACCAAAACACCAGCGUCAAAUUGGAUGGAAAAGCUGAACUCCUGCUGAUGCUGGCGCUGCACUGGCUGCUGCUGCCAGGCUUUCAUGUCCUCAUGUUAAAACAUUUGUAUAUUUUAAAUUUCAGGGCAAAUGAUGCAGAUUUAAUCAUUUUCAGAAUGAGGUCUAUGUAAAAGAAUAAAGUCAAACAACUGACACAUG